ACAAGUCUACACCUAUAUAUAUCUCUACUAAUAUAGGGAGAGGGGGGAAAGAGAGAGAGGGCACACGCAAUUAUCAUUGCCUUCUGUUUCGAAUCUACUCCAAUUCCAUUUCCAUUUCCAUUUCGUUUAAUCCACAAGAUUAAUUAUCACACGAUAUCAAUUUUGGAAGGGGGAAAGAAAGGAGAGCGUGAAAUUAGUAAUCGGAUUAAAAAUUUCUAGAGGAACGUGAUUUGUGAUGGCGAAUUUGUAUGUUCAGGCGGUGCCGCCGACGGAUAUGAAUCGGAAUACGGAGUGGUUCACGUACCCCGGUGUGUGGACCACCUACAUCCUAAUAUUGUUCUUCUCGUGGCUGGUUGUGCUUUCCGUUUUUGGUUGUUCCCCUGGCAUGGCAUGGACAAUUGUUCAUCUCUCCCAUUUCCUCGUUACUUAUCACUGCUUUCACUGGAAGAAGGGAACACCGUUUUCAGAAGACCAAGGCAUCUACAAUAGGUUGACUUGGUGGGAGCAAAUAGACAAUGGCAAGCAGCUCACUCGCAAUAGGAAGUUUUUGACAGUUGUGCCUGUGGUGCUGUACUUGAUAGCCUCGCACACAACAGACUAUCAACAUCCUAUGCUCUUCUUCAACACACUAGCUGUUUUUAUUCUGGUAGUUGCCAAGUUCCCAAAUAUGCACAAGGUUCGCAUCUUUGGAAUUAAUGCCGAUCUAUGAACUGAGAUCCAUUAGUGCAGGUUUACCACUGGUAUUGGCAUUAAUUUACAGCAUUUUAUUAUAUUGGAAAUACUGCAACGCUGGAACAGGCAACCGAACCAUACAUCUUUGUGAAAUACUAAGAUCUACAGAUGUUGGAAGUUCUUGACUUCUUGUAUGAACUUUUUACAAGUUGAAUUUAUAAAUUCGCAUGAGCUAUAUUUCUUUUCCUUGAAGUUGCAGAAAAGUAUUUCGUAUUGUUCUGAUGAAGUUGGUCAACUAAACAUGCUUAAUCAGGGUGAAUAUAUCUUCAAAUUUUUUUUU